UUUGGACGAAGAAAAUUGGAAGCUUCGUGUUUACCUUCUAGUUCAAGACGCGUCAUUUCUGGUCUUUAUAAAUCCUAACUGCAGAUCACUCACUGGCCAAAACACGCUAAGAAAAGGGGGGAAAGCAGAGUGUGGUUUCGAAUCUAGAUGUUCUAGCAAACACAAAACUCCUUCUGAUUUUGGGGGUUGUGGUGAGGAGAUAUCGAUGGCUUUGGCGCUUGUUGGAGGGGCUGCUCUGGGAGCAGCAUUUCAGGGUUUGCUGACGGCGGUCAUAAAAGUAAGUAAAAAGUUUGCCGGGUUCCACUCCAUCCUCAAAAAACUCGAAGCCACACUCGAACGCAUAAAGCCAUAUAUCCAAGAGAUGGAAAGGUUGAACGACGAGUUGGAUCGUCCAAGGAUGGAAAUGGAGAAGUUGAUCCAAAUCUUACAAGAUGGAGAGAAGCUAAUCCAAGACUGCUCUCGCUGCUACUGCUACCAGAGGAUAGGGUACGCCAAUAAAAUUAAAGCCCUCGAUGCCUCUCUUCUUAGAUUGUUUCAGGUGGAUAUGCACGCCCAAGUCAGUAGGGACGUCAAGGAGAUUCUGGCCAUUCUCAAAUCAAAUGGAUGCAAUUGGAAUUACAGAGGGGUUUCCGAUGAACAUGAAAACUUGGGUUCCUGCAACGCUCCUGGUCCACCGGAAUUUAUGGUGGGAUUAGAUGUGCCUCUCAAAGAAUUGAAGAGGCGGCUAUGUGAGGAUGGGGAAUCAAGGAUUGUGAUCAGGGCUCCUGGAGGAUGUGGGAAAACCACUUUGGCAAAAGAGCUUUGUCACGACAAUCAAGUCAGAGAAUAUUUUAAGCACAUUUUGUAUGCCACGGUGUCAAGACCGCCCAACCUAAUUGCCAUCAUUACGAAACUGUUUUGGGACGAGGAUGAACGAGUGCCAAAGUUUCAAAAUGAGGAAGAUGCAGCCAAUCAAAUGGAACUGAAACUGAAGAAGAAAGAAGAAUCUGGUGAUGUACUGUUGGUCCUAGAUGAUGUUUGGUGUGGAUCAGAAUCCCUCUUGGCCAAGUUCAAGUUCCGGACAUCAAAAUCCAAGGUCGUCGUUACAUCAAGAAAUGAAUUUCCAGAAUUUGGCUCUACAUAUGACUUGGAAUUGUUGAAUGACGACGAUGCCAUGGCUCUCUUUCGUCACUCAGCAAUCCCCCAGAAUGGAAGCCGUAAUUACACACCGACUGAUAGGCUUGUGAAGAAGAUAGUGGGGCACUGCAAGGGACUUCCACUGGCCCUGGAAGUCAUUGGCAGAUCACUCCAUGGGCGGCCUGUAGAGAUCUGGAGAAGCCGACUGAAGAAAUUAUCCGAAGGUCAAUCCAUUGUCAAUUCUGAAACUGAUGUGCGUAAACGUCUUCAAAGUAGCUUAGACGCCCUAAAUGACGAGGACGUUAUGCUGAAGGAGUGUUUUAUGGACUUGGGCUCCUUUCCUGAAGACCAGAAAAUCCCUGCCACUGCUCUUAUAGACAUGUGGGCGGAAUUGUACAACCUAGAUAAAGACGGGGUUGAUGCCAUUGCCAACCUUCACCAACUCUCCUCUCGGACUCUGCUUAAUCUUGCGGUCACGAGGAAUGAUGCAAGUGAGAUUGAUGGAUGGUACAGCGAUGCCGUUGUGAUGCAGCAUGAUCUUCUCAGGGAUCUAGCCAUUUACGAGAGCAAACAGGAGCUCAUAAAAGAGAGGAAAAGACUAUUUGUGGACUUUACCGGUAGCGAACUCCCCGAGUGGUGGACUGAAGAAGAGCAACCCCGAUCAAGUGCUCGCCUUGUGUCCAUCUCUACAGGUGAAAUGUUUUCCUCAAGCCAGGGCGACCUGCAAAUUCCUGAAACCGAGGUUCGCUGGUGCAACAUGCAAAUUCCUGACCCUGAGGUUCUAAUACUGAACUUUAAUCAGACACAGAAAAAAUACAAAUUGCCUGACUUCAUUAAGCAAAUGGAUAAACUGAAGGUUCUAAUAGUAACAAAUUAUGGUAUCGCAGUUGAACUGACUAAUUUUUCAGUACUCGGCUCCUUAUCCAAUCUAAAGAGAAUCAGGUUAGAGAAAGUUUCAAUUCCAACACUGUGCAACACCAGUAUGGAAUUGAAGAAUUUGGAAAAGAUAUCCUUAGUCAUGUGUUAUAAGAUUGGUCAGGCUUUUGCAAGUAGUACCAUCCAGAUUACAGAAAUGUUAGCAAACCUUAGGGAAAUCAACAUUGACUACUGUAAUGACUUGGUGGAACUACCAGAGGGGUUUUGUGAUUUAGUCCGACUGAAUAAGCUGAGCAUCAGCAACUGCCCUAAGCUGUCUGCACUGCCGGAAGGAAUAGGGAAGCUUGCAAAUCUGGAAGUGCUAAGGCUUCGUGCCUGUGCACGGGUGUCAAAAUUGCCAGACUCAAUCGGAAGCCUCCACAAGUUGAGCUUUCUUGAUAUAACUGGUUGUGUACGACUGUCGGAAAUGCCGAACCGAAUAGGCGGGUUGCGUGAUCUAAGAGAGUUCCACAUGAGAAGGUGCCCUGGUUUGUGCGAGCUGCCAUCAUCAGUGAAGGAUCUCGUGGAUUUGGAGAGUGUAAUAUGCGAUGAAAGGACUGUCCUGCUGUGGGAAUCUUUUAAGCACUUCCUCCCCAAUCUCACCCUAUCAGUGCGUGAAGAAAGUAUCAACUGGCAUUUGCUAUAAAAUCCUAGUUUCUCGAAAAAAAUUUCUCCUCAACAGACAAGGAAUUGCAAAAUGGAAGCAGCUGUACAUGUAAGCAUUGGAUUUUUCUUUUUUCCCUUUUUUUUUUGUUCUUAUUUAUCAUUUGCUUGAUCCGUAAUGUUAACUUUCAUACAUAUGGUUUAAAGAUCUUCCAGUGAGCCUUCUAAUGUUCG